AUGAGAAGAGAGAUCUUCGGAUUCUAUUAUUUUAUAAUCGAAUUAGAAUCUGCUCAUAUGAUUGAAUCUUCACAUUAAAACAAUGCAGUAUUUUCCUGUACUUAAUUUAAAUAAACUUAACAUAAUGCUGAAUCUGCAAUCUUUGAUAUAGAUUCAAUUAUUUUAUCUAUAGAUGAAGGAGCAGCCAAGCAUGUUAAUACUUUGAAUAUUUAAGAACGAGAGAACUAUUCAAUAGCAUUAAAAGAACUCUCAAAAUAAUAAGAUUAUGAUAAAAUGUAUUAAAUUAUGCUAAGCCCCAACCAUAGUGUAUCUAAUUUGAUUGAUAAAAGUCAAAAUAUGAUAAACACUGUUCAAAGACACAAUAGCUCAUUUUAAUAAGAAUACUACUGUUAGCAACCUGCAUUUUACUAAGCUGAGGCUUCAAGUAAAGAGAAGCAUCCUCAACUACAAUAAGCUCAAAAAUAGGAUGAUUUAUAAUAAUAAUAGGAAUCUAGUUUGGGUUCUAUAAAAAGACCUACUUACAUGAAAAAGUUUGAAAUUAUAGAUUCAUUUUAUAGCAAUUUCAAUUUUUCAUAACAAUAGAUCAUGGUAUUCUUUAUUAUAUUCACACUCGUAGUGUUUGGCAUAUUUUCAGUAAUAAUUCUGUCUCUUUUAAGCAGCGAUUUACAAACUAAAAUAAAAGAGAUAGAGAUGUUAUCUUUCUAGGCUGACAUCGUAGCUCCUUAUGAUCGAUACCUUGCAAUAAGGGCACAGAUUUAUUAUUAUUAAGCCUUACUUACAGCUAAGAAGAUUAAUUAAUCGUAAACAAGUGAUUUAGUAGAACCACUUUAUUCAAUCGUAGGAGUUUGUUAUAAUGAAUUAAAGGAAAAUUCUUAUGUUUCUUUAUUAGAGAGUGAUCUAAAGGAAUUCUUUAAGGAUGUUUAUACUAAUACUUUUUUCAUGGGCAUGACUGACAAAAUCAUUUACUCUAGAAAUAUAACUUUUAGGGAGUUUAUCCAUCAAUUACUUAAUUAUCAAUAUGAUUUUAAAAUAAUAUUUGAUAAAAGGAUUCCAACUAAGGGUUGUCCUUGUUAAGUCUUUCAAUUUUCUAAUUAUUUCAAUCUAUAGGAUAAUCUAGAGAUAAUGUCUCAAGAGAUCUUACAAUUUUCAAGAGACAAAUGUACACAGAUAAUUGAUAAAUGGAUUACAAUUUGGAUUGUUUUCAUUGUAGUUUGUUUUGUGUUCACUCUUUUGAUAUAUUAUUUAAAGACAGGGAUAUUGUUUUAGUAUGAUACAAUAAUGGAAAUUAUAACACAUAUAACUGAAUAAAGCAUCACAAAGGAGACUGAAAAACAUAAAAUUUUAUUGAACAAUUUACUAUCUUAAACUGAUUACAUUAAUAGUUAUUAAUUAGAAUUAUAAACUGAAGUGCAAUAGAAUAGUUAAAAUAGACAAGAAAAUGAUGUUCUAAGAAAAAAUAAAAGAAAAAUAUUGAUAAGGGCAUCAAAACUGAAAUCAGUAAUAUUUUCCUUUGUUAUAUUUGUAAUAUUUUUAAUCUACUCUUGUAUAGUUACAUUUUCAACAUAAAGUUUCUUAAACAAAUAUUAAUCAACCGCUGAAUUUUAUAAGUUGAUAGCAGAUUUAUCUUUCAGAAGCGGUAAUAUGUUCUUAUAUAGAGAAAUGUUUAUGUUAUGGGGAAAUCUUACUUACUUAAAUAAGACAGAUGGAUUAAGAUUGUAUAAUCUAAUUGACAUUGCACAAACUAAGAUUAUGGAAUAUGUUGAUUAGGCUCCAAGGAUAAAUUUGGAAACUCUUUUGGUUCCUGAAGAAUUCUAUUAAUUCUUUCUCACAGUCUAAAACACAGAUGUAUGCAAUUUUUUGGAUGAGAAUUACAAACAAGUGCUUACUCCUUAUUGUCUGAAAUCAUUUGAUGGAUCUUUGAUGAAAGGCAUGCUUCCUGCUUUAACUUACAUUCACCAGACCAUUAUUACUCAAUAGGCUAUCAAUAAUUUCACUUAUAGAGCAGAGGACAUUUUGUAUGAAGUGGAAGGAGGAUAGGUUGCAAGUAGAGUAUUUUCAUUUAUGAACGAAAACUUAUAGAAUGGAAUCAUUAAAAAAACAGAGAGUUUCAAUUAUUAAAAUUAGUUAUUGUCAAUCUUCUUUUUAAUUGCCUUAGGCUCUAUUUGUUUCUUUGUUGUGAAUUUCCAUUACACUAAUCUCAAAUAACAUCUUCAACUAAUAAAAUUUGGAGUCUUGAUGAUACCACAGAGCGACAUUUUGAAGAACGACUUCUUCGAAAGAUAUCUGAAGCAAAUUGAACUGAAAUUGGGUUAUAAAUUGUGA